CGAGAGAAGAGAGAUAAAGAGAGUUGGGCCGGGCCGGCAAGGAGAAGGGAUGAGAAGGGGGUGAAGAAGAAAGAUAAAAAAAAGAAAAGUAAAAACCCGUUUCAGUUCUCUGCUCGGAUUCGAAAAAGUUGUUUCCAAAAACUGAUACGGAAAGUAUUGAAGAAGAUAGAGAGCUUCUCCUGAUUUCUCCAGAAUUUGCAGAUACAGCAAUCGAGAACCCGGGUUUCGGAUUUCGAAGCUACAGCUUACGGCUUGCCCCAAUUUGAAAGAGGUCGCCACAUGAUGCCAUAGUUUUUGACGAAAUUGGUAAACAAUGACACUUGAGGAUUUCUUUACAUUGACUGAAAUAAAUAAUGGGCUUGAGACUCCUCUUCGGAUCCAGGAGCUUGUUGCUGUAAUACAAAAGGAAAAAGAUGUUAAUGGGAGCAUCGCUGAUGCAACUAAACAGUGGUCUGCUGUUGCGAGCACUAUAGCUGCAACUGAUAACAAAGACUGCCUUCAACUUUUCACCCAGUUAGAUGGACUGAAUUUUCUUGACAAUUGGCUGACAAAAGCUCAGUUCUUUCAUGACUCAAGCGAUGACAAUUACUCAAUUGAAGAGUCUAUCACUGUUUUACUUCGGGCAGUUGAGAAGCUCUUGCAUGUGGGCAACGAGGAAUUAGCUUCUUCUGGAAUCAGGGUAUCUGUACAGAAGCUUAUUGGUCACACGAGUUCAAAGGUGCAAGAGAUGGCUAAAGCCCUCAUUGAUCGGUGGAAGAAAGGUGAAGAAAAUGCUUCUGGGUCCGUUGAUGGUGAGCCUCGUGGAGUAAGUGUAUACCCAGAAGAAGAAAAGCCUCUGUCAGGUUCUCCAUGCAUGGAUGUUCAUCCCUCCAAAGAUGGAUGCAACAAUCAAGAUAGAGAUAUGAACCUUCCAUCUUUGAGAUCUGAUGAAGAAACAUCCAAUAAAAUUUCAGACUUUGUGAACUCUUCUUCAUUGACAAAACACAUCAGCAGCGAUGUUCAUGAUGAAGAGGAAGAAAGCACCAAGUUGUUGCAUCCAGAAGGUCCAGAACAUGGUACCCUUAAUGAACUGACUGAAAAGUCUGAUGAUAGUUUGAAGGGUAGACCGAUAACCAGAAGUUCUGAUGGCACGGUUUUGUCUCCAAGUCCUGAAGCAAAGGAUGCCACGGGUAAAGAAAGUGGAUCUGAGAAUCAUUGCAGAAGCACAAUGGUGGUGGAAUCCAAUGAAAGCCCUAAAAGCAAUGUUGAACGGUUGCAUGAUCUGGAAAAUAUUGGAGGGGUGGAGGUCGACGACGAUCUUAGUGAUCAGAGUGAGGAUGAUCUUCCUUUUGGGAAACUAUACAUGGGCAAUAAAGAUGCCACCGAUAUGCUUGGAAAGAGAUCUGACCUUGACUUGGAUCCACUAGAGGUCGCUCUGCAAGUCGCCAUAGAAGUGGGGAGAGAGUUUGAGCAGAACUGUAUUUCAGUGAAAAAAACAGCCAAAGUCCAUCAUGAGGAGUCCCCCAAUAGCAGUCCAUUAGAUUCUGAGAUUGAAAAACACUGUGAAACUACAACUACCGAUACCUCAAACAAGGGGGGAGCACAAGAAGGGAUCUGCCAUCCUCCAACUGAUGACGAUGAUACUUCACAGGUCAGUGGUAAAAACAUAAAUAAUUCAGAAAUAAAUGAAACACAAGACUUGGACUCUGAGAAGGGUAUGUGUGAUUUUGACUUGAAUCGAGAAGUCAAGUCGGAGGAAGAAGAAAAUGCAGAUCGUCCGCCUAUUGCUGUUUCCAAUGCUGAGAGUGAUGGAAGUUCAGAGCAGCAGCAGAUACAUGGCUGCUCCCGCCUUGAUAUUGAUCUGAAUGUUGCUGAAGGAGCUUCUGGAAGAGAUGAGAGGUGUGUGGAUUUGAAUAUCAGAGAAGAAGACAUGGCUGCUCCUGCUUGGGAGGAGGAUGAGUCUUCUUCUGUUGAAGUAGCAAGCGGUUCCAAAAUGCGGGAAAGGGUUGAUCUGGAUCUUAAUCGCAUUACGGAUGGUGAUGAAGAAGAAGCUCACCCAUCUGAUUGGAGGAGGAUGGAUAGACACCAGCUAUCUUCAAGUCCAACUGUUCCCCACCGAAGUCAAUCUCCUCCAUCUUCAACGGCAUCAUUUCUUAACAUUGACCUAAAUGAGGGCAACCCCGUUCUUGGUAAUGAUUACUCAAGCCUCUCAUAUUUCACCAAUCCUCAACCUGCGGUGUCCAUCAUGGGCAUGAGGGUUGACCGAAACCAAAAAGAGCAUCUUUUUCCAAAAAUGCCAUCGGACCCAGUUCUUGAUGUGAAUAAUAGGGCGGCAGCAGCAGCUGCUCUUGGAAUGGAAUCUCUGUUUUCAUAUGCUCACUCGGCAUCCGGUUAUGAUCAUGUCAAUGGUAUCACGGCACCAGUGCCUUUCUCAUCCCUGGUGUACGGACCUACAGGAGGCUCCAUUCCCUACAUGGUCGAUUUCAGAGGAAUGCCAGUCAUGCCUCAAAUUGUGGGUCCUGCUUCAUCUUCCUUUCAUCAGCAGCAGCCAUUCAUUAUUCCUCUUGGAAAUGGUGCAUUGAUGAUGCCAUCUCGAAAUGGUUUUGAUCUCAACAAUGGUGGCUUGACGAUGGCAUCCGCAUAUCCUCCAACGGCUCCUGAGGAGGACUUUGGUGGAGGUCUGAGGCGGCAAACGUUGCAUCCCCUUCUUCAGCCCAACUCACAACCAUCAACAAGUUUGAGUAUUGGCGGGAAACGGAAGGAGCCGGAUGCUGGCUGGGGGGACACUUACCCUUUCGACAUCAACCAUCGUCAACCUCCAUGGAAAUAGAACUUCUUGCAGCUGUCAUUCUCAUUUUAGGACUACUACAUAGUCUGAGGGGCAGGGCAAUGAAUGUUAAUUUAUAGCCAAAUAGAUGAUGACUCUUGAACAAGAAGAAGAAGAAGAUACCAACACAGCUUUCCUAAUAUUUUGCAGCUGGAGGAAAUUAUAUGUAGAGCAGGGAAUUGAAUAAAAGACAUGACUGAUUAUUAUUGAUUUCAGACCAGAAACAAACCACACAUACCAAAAUUGCCCACGUCUCCAGAUGUCUAAUGUGUUCUUUUUUUCUUCUUUUUCCUGGCUUUCAGAUGUUUCAAACGCAACUGUAACCACUCAUUUACAUCAAUCAAAUUUUGAUAUGUGA